AUGGCUGCCAAUGUCCCGUCUGGGAGCGGCCCUGGAUUGGGGGCUCCUGGUGGACAGGUUGCUCCUAGUGGACAGGCUGCUCCCAGUGGCCAGGCUGCUCCCAGUGGCCAGGCUGCUCCCAGUGGACAGGCUGUUCCUCAUCGGCGACCCGCUAGUCAAGAACAGACUGAUGGCUCAAAUCCUGACGAGCCACAGAACUACGUCGAGUCCAUUCCGCACGUUAGCGACGAUCAGUGGAACGUUGGAAGCAUCCGCUCGAGAGAAUCCCCGCCAUCAGGAGCGUCUUCUCCCCCCUAUGCUCCCAUUCGUCCUCCCCAACGCAUCGACCAUGAUGUUUUCCGACAUUAUGCUUCCAACGGCAAGCGGCUGUAUAAGUGGAUGUCAGAGACGAAUACCGACCAGUUGACCCAGACGAUGAGGACGUCGAUUCCUCCCAAAUUAGAGGUUGGCGAGAAGUCCCAGAGCAAGUUCAACGAGUACAAGGAUAUCGAGGACAACGGCUGGUCCAAAAAUCCCCGCGAAUGCCCGUAUCAUCUUCCUGACGUCAAUCUGAAGACCUUCACGCCCGUUCACACCAUUCUGAAAGAUCUUGGUAUCUCCCCGGAAGUGCCUUCAGCAGACAUGGAAGACGCCCCUAAUAUGCCGGUCAUUUUCCAGCAAGACAACAUAAUGUUCAAUGGCAAGGAACAUGACAGACCAUCAGAGGGGAACUUGACAUGCACGUGCAACCCAAAGGACGGCCUCGUCGUCAUAUGCGAGGCCCUAUCGCCUGUCAAUUCUCUCCAAGAGAGUAUCUUCUCGGAAGAUCCCUACAUCGAUGAGUUCGAAUUCGGAUUACGACUCCGCCAAAAUUUGCCCGCGCUCAACCGCAUCUCCGACGUGCUCUUUCUCGAAUGGCAGCAACAAUGCAGGGACAAGGGAGUCGACCCCCGGAACCUCCGCAUCAGCAUCGUGAACGAAGUCGACACAAAAGUGACGAUCCAGAUCAUCGAACACAUCUUGUCCGCGAGAGGGUAUGGAAAGGUCAUGACGCCGCAGGUAGGCUUGUACGAGCCUCCGCCUUGGGAGAAACGCCUCACUCUGACGGCCAAUUCCGACGCCUUCUACGCCGUGCUCGGUACUCCCGACGCCGCGAUGUUCGCCUAUUUGCUCCUGCAGCAUAAAGAGCAACUGGGCCUCAAGCGCAUCAAUGCGAUCCACAUCUCACUGGACUCGGAGCAGACCCCGAAAUGCCUGGCUCCAUUCGACGGCCCUACCCUGACGUUCGAAUUCGAGGAUUUGAACGAGAAGGGAAAAUCUAUCGCGUCUGGGUCUGUCAGUGGAAGCCGUGCCGGUGGCCGCGCUGGCAGUGUUGUUGGUGACGAUCCACAAGCUGGGAGUUCCAAGCAGGGUGAUAAUAGUCCUGAGAAGGGCAGGCUGUCACGGAUCAAGGACAAGACCGUAGACGCGGCCAAAUCUGCCUUUGGUAAGGGGAAGAAGAAAGGCGAAUGA